AUGACUGACGAUAGCACAGACCAACCAAUUGUAGCGGUCUGCGUUGUUUCUGACCGUUUAAGUUGUCCACAAGACUAUUUCCUGCUUGACCGAACAGAGGAUGGCAAAGAAGAUGCUGAUUUGUGGAGAGACAGUAUAUUUGGACGUCGUUGCUACAGAUACUUAUGCUACAAGAAGGCGAAUCCUAAGCCGGAUGAAGAUGUACUUGUAGAUGUUGCAAUUAUCAAUGAGAAAGAUUCAGUGCCAGCCGGUUUCACAGUACUUGAACAAACAGACGAUACACGUGAAAAGUCUCUCAAGAAGAAGAGUUUGUGCUUUCGUUGGAUGAGUUACCGGUUGACCAAUGCUGCUAUUUCAAAACUGAUUCUUCUUAGUAAGGCAAUGCGAAGAUCACCAACUGGAUUUACCAUUAUUGGUGAUGUAAAUAACAUGUUUCUUUGCUUCAAAAUGGUCGGUUUGUCCAAAUCCACUUACGUCGGAGCAGAUGACCUUUGCUCACAAAACGCACCGUCCUCAAGGACAGCCGAAACAAGGUUAAGCAUGUCUUCAGUUGGGAAUGCUCUUCCUUAUUCCCUAAAUCCAACAGCAAUAGCGGCAGGACCAACUGCUAACCAUUCUUCAGAGUCCAAUCAACCACCACUUGUUAACAGACUUGUCAGUGUCACAAAAUCUCCCUUGUCGGGUAUUCCAUGGCAUCUGAAUGCUCAACUGAGAGAAGCCACUCGCUUACAAAAUAUUACAAUUCCUAAAAUAAUUUGCAAAACUAUGUAUGACCUUGAUCAACAGUAUGAAUAUUCUUUCAGACUGGAGAAUUCUGCUAUAAACUGUCUCCCUCUCGACAACAGUUAA